UUGCGUAUUAUGGGAUGUGCGGAAUGAAGCAGCCCGACCCGACGAGGACGCGAGACGGAGCGCGCGCAGGUCGUCAUGGAGCUGUCCGCCGUCGGCGAGAGCGUCUUCGCCGCCGAGUCCAUCAUCAAGCGGCGGAUACGACGGGGGCGUUGGGAAUAUCUGGUGAAGUGGAAGGGCUGGUCACACAAGUACAGCACGUGGGAGCCGGAGGAGAACAUCUUGGACGAGCGCCUCCUGGCCGCCUUCGAGGAGAGGGAACGUGAACGAGAGCUUUUUGGGCCCAAAAAGCGAGGACCCAAGCCCGAGACGUUUCUCUUGAAGGCCAAAGCCAGAGAGAGAACUUACGGAUUCCGGCGAGAUCCGGCCCGGUCCGUCCAGGUCUCCUAUCCGGUCCCGGAGCCCGUCGCGUCUCCGAGGGCCCGGGAGGGUUUGCGCGCCGUGGUCCCCACCAUCUUCCCCCCGAGCGCCGUCAACCGAGGGGAGAGCGUCGCCGGCCGAGCGCUAGAACCCGAAAGGUCGCCCGGACCGGCGGCGAGUUCUCACCAGGAGCCGGGUCCCAAAAAGAGAGGACGCAAGCCCAAACCGCGUCCGCAUUACGACCGCGAUGAGGAGGAACGCGCGGACCCUGCCCCUAAAACGUCCGGACGCUUACCUCAGGACGGGGGGGCUUCGGACGCCGGCCUGGUCCAGCUGACCAGAAGGUUCCGGGAGGAGACCACCAUCGCGCCCAUGUCCGGCGGCCGUCCGGACCGAGGAGGCGGGACUCGUUACCCGGCCGUUCCGAAGCGCUCCGACGAACACGGGAACCCGCCGAUGACGACGGGAGGAGAACUCGGGGAGGCGUGCCCCCCCGCGGGGCCCGGCCCCUCGUGGAUCCCCCGCUUCGCCAACGUGGACACGGUGACCGUCACGGACGUCACCAUGAACCUGAUCACCGUCACCGUCAGAGAGAACUACACCGACAAAGGCUUUUUUCGGGGGAAAAGAUGAGAGACGCAGGAACCAGGUGUGGCACUGAAGUUCCAGGACGGGGGUCCCUAAAGAUUUCAGGCGAGGGACCAGACUUCCGUCGGACGAUUUUUUUGCUUUCAAUUAAAAUUUUCGGUCAAAUUAAACGUAAACCAAAACGAAUUUCACGUCGUGUGUUUAGAACAAAACACCUAAGGCUGUUUAGCUUAAUGCUAACAAACAAUCCAAAACGCCAUAGAUGAGCUAACGAAGCUAGCAUCAAUAUUGCCAUCGUUAUAAACCUUUAAAGAAGUGAUAUUUGAACACAAAAGGUGCAUCAAGACAUGUCGACAGACAUAAGAAAACUCCCAGGCGUAUGUUCUUUAUGCUCUACGAAAAACGUAGAGCAAAAACGAGAAUACGAUACGAUAUCAGUAGUUGUGAAACUCUUCUUGGUUUGUCUGCAUUGUUGUAUUAUACUGCCCCCUGUGGCCGAGUUACGCACACUAGAAGGAGCCACAAAGAAUUAAUCAUGAUACACAUACUGUUUCAUUCUUGACCAUCUAUUUAAUGAUGUUAUUGCUAUAUAUUUGCAUAACGGACAAUAUGAUAGAGUGUGAUUUUCCUUAUUAUAAAAUUUUUUUUUAGUUUUUCGUUUGUGAGGGGAGGAAACGCUUUUUUCAAGCGUUCAAAGGGCUCGUCGAGAGGGCUCGUUUUAAAGACGACAAGAUGGCCGCUUUGCCGGAACCGCGGAAGAUCCUGACGAAUCGUUCCGGGAGUGAUCGAAGUCCGGAAAAGCGCGUUCGACUUCGGCGGGAUUUCCUCUGAGGGGAAAACUUGAAGUUUGGAUUUGAAAUGUUUUUUUUUUUGUUUUUUUUGUGAGACCGGUCCUGGAACUUUUCUGACACACCUCGCCGUCACGCGGGCGACUUUAUCCGCCACGGCUGGGACGACGCCGCGAUCGGACGACAUCGUGUCAUCGCGUUCCUACUAUUUCCAAGCGUGGCGCGGAAUGAGCAAGCCAAAGUCGAAAAUGGUGAGAGCAAACUCACGAUAUAAUACGGAGCGAGACAAAAGGUGGUCAAAGGCCUGCGCUUGCCUGCAGAUGCCACAAGAUGGCGCCAAAACAAUAUUUUUCUAUUCGACAUGGCUUGGGCCUGAGCACACAAACUUUCCUUCCUUUCUUCCCUCCUUUUGGGCCUUCCUUCAUUUCCUCCUUCCUUCCUCCCAGAUCCACUUUUUCUUCCGGCCUCCUUGCAACCUUCCUUCCUCCGCUGAAAUCGGCUUUUCUUCCCUCCUGUCCAAUAGAAUCAAGUUUCUUUGUUCUUGACUCAAACGAUUUGCCAUUAUGAUUUUUCACAGUACGUGUAAAAUAAAAAUAAAAAUAAUAAAGGUUCAUUUAAAAAUUGUAUUCCUACUUUUGGCCCACCCUGUAUACAUUUUCCAUUAUUUUGUAUUGUGCAGGUGUACCUAAUGUUGUGGCCAGUUAACAAAGCGACUAACAACUAAGCUACAGUCUUCAUGCUAAUAUAUAUUUUUAUAAAUAGAGCUGUCAACCGCCAGUAUUAAAUUUUUCAAAAGCCAAUUCUUGUACAUAGACUAAGAUCUUGCUUUUUUUGCACAUUGUAAUGUUGGCCAAUUUUAGAAAGCAUUGUUGCAGUUUUGCCUGUCAACGCCACUUCAAAUCUGUCACUUUGAUUUUGUGUACUUUAGUUGGUUCACUUUCAUUUAUGUGUCCAAUAAAAAUGAAAAUAAUCAAGGCAACCUUUGAUGCUGCUCAUCGAUCAAUAACAUGAUGAAUUCUUUUGAUAUUUAUUCCCACGCGUGCCGAGCUGCAAUAUUCAUGUUGAAAAUAUACACGACGAGGUUUUGUUUAAGAGCUGUUUGGAAUAAAACUAUG